AUGACCGGCGGGUGGAGCGCAGCGGGCGAGCUCGCGGGUUGCGGCGGCGGUGGUCGUCGGGAGCUCGGAACGGGCGCGGUGCGGGCGGUGGGUUACGAGAUCGGCUCGAGUCCGGUCUUCGGCGGAGCUUCGGCAGAGGGAAGCGGCAUCGGGUCGUCGCGGGUCGGUCGCGGGCGUCGCACGGUGAGUCGGAGGUCGCGAGCUGCGAGUCGUCGAGGCGCAGCGUCGGGCUCAGUGGUGGUAGGCGCGGGGACGGCGUCGGGCGGGUCCGGCGUCGCGGGGUUCACCGGCGGCGGGCGAGAUGCGAGAUCAUGGGUUGAGGUGUGCGGGCGGCGGUGGUGUCUCGACGGGGAGCGACGGUGGUGCUGGUGCUCGGACGAGGGUGGUGUCGGCGGCGGGGUGGGCUGGCGACGAACGGCGACGCAGGGGUGGCUCGGUGCGAGAGCCAGCGGCGCAGGAGCUCGUGCAGGCGGCAAAGCAUCGAACAAAGGGGUCGUCGGGUGGCUUCCACGAAGGAGACGAUGA